AAGACCAGUCCCGGAAGUCAGGCGGCGCCGGCGCCGGCGCACUGUGUCCUUGCGCAAGCGCGGGAGUUUGGUUUGCGUGUUUCGCUGCAGUCACUGCCCUGGUUUUCUGGGCGCGUUCGGCCUUUUGUGGUGUGAUGGCUCUUGGAGAGGAGGCAGCGGGAGGCCGCAGCAGAGGGGUUGCCGUCACCUCGGGAUGCCUGUAGGAGGAGGGGUCCAAGGGUCCUCACAGUUUCGGUGCCUUCGUUUUCCUCCGUCAGAGUCGCCGUGCCUUUGGAAAGCAUGAGCUCCGCCUGGGACUCCGCUUUCGAGAAGCAGCAUCUCUGGAUGUACCUGCAGGCGCUGGGUUUGGAUCCGAGUUCCGGCGUCAGGGUCGGCGGGAAGAUGGUAUCCUACGCGCACCUUGGAGAGGACAUGUUUGACAAACUGAACCGCGAUGCCUUUCAUAUAGUUUCUUAUUUUUUGUUUAAAACACUGGAUGAGUCUCUUGCCAAAGAAGUUUUCAGAGAUUGCUGGCCUCCAUUUGACCAAAAACUUGACAUGGAAUUCCGGAAACAUUGUUGUGAAUGGUUAAAAGAGAUUUCUGCUGAAUGUGGGAGUAGUUUUCCUCAGGUUGUUGGCUCAUUGCUUAUGUCUCCCGGCGGUCCUAAGUUUAUUCAUCUGAUGUAUCAUUUUGCAAGAUAUGUUGCAAUCAAAUAUAUUAAAACAAACUCUAACAAUUCUCCACAUUUUGCAGAAACAUUUAAUGCAAAGCCACAAGAUAUGCACAAGUGCCUUGCCAGAUGCCAUGUAGCACGCAACAGAUUUUUACAGGUUUUGCAAAGAGAACAUUAUGUUACCCAAAAAUACCAGGAUAAUGCGCAUCUGACUGUUAAGCAAGUACGAAACGCAAGAUCAGAAUGCAUGGGUCUACAAAACCAAAUUAAAAGACUGGGACCCUGUGAUGAAAAGAGUAAUAUACAAGAGAAGAUUCAAAAGGUUCGGUCUUUGUGGACUUCAGUGAAUGAGACACUCAUGGUUUUGGAAAAGGAGAGAGAAGUUGUUAGCUCACUCUUCAGUUUUGUCAACCAGUAUGCUUUGGAUGGGGCUAGUGUUUCUGUUAAUAUUCCAAGGCUCUUACUUGACAGACUAGAGGAGCAGAUAUGUCAGUUGCAGAUAGGAAAUGUUUAUGAGGCUGGAAAAUUGAACCUCUUAACAAUUAUUCAGUUGUUAAAUGAAGUCUUGAAAGUAAUGAAAUAUGAACAUUGUAAGGCUGGCCAAGCAAGAUUGACAAUAGACCUCCACUACCUUGAAAAAGAAACCAAAUUUCAGAGGGAAAGAUUAUCAGCUAUGAAGAACAUGAGGCAUAAAAUAAAAGAGAACGUCACUGCAAUAAGACAUUCUACUGUUGAAAAGGAAGAAAAAUGGCAUACGAAGUGGAAAGGCUUUCUUGGUGUGUCUCCUUUCAGUCUAAUUAAAGGCGGGCCUUCAGCUGUGGAUCUUUUGCCUCCCAUGUCUCCUCUUUCGUUUGAUCCUGUGUCAGAGGAAGUAUAUGCAAAGAGUGUACUUUUUAAGUAUCCUGCGUCACUUCCAGAUAUACAUAAAGAAGCUAAACAAGAAGAUGGUGGCAGAAGAGAAGUGGAUACCCCAGGAAAUGUGUGUGAUGGCGCUGACAGCCCUGUGCCUUUUCCCUUACAGUGUGCUUCGUCCUCAGAUACAAACAGUUUCACACUACUUGAGAAGGAUCCAAAUAUGAGGACUCCCAAAGAGAAAAACGUGCCUUAUAAGAAAAUAGCAGGCUCCGAAUCGGAAGACUCUCCUUUAUCAGAUACUGCAAAGAAUGCACAGAGUAGCGUAUCCGGAGGGUCUGUGCUGGGGAAAAAGAGUGACCCAUUCCAGAGAGAGCAAGAUCAGCUGGUGGACGAGGUUGCCAGAGUAGUUCUGUCUGAUUCACCACAGCUCUCUGAGGGAAAAGAAGUCAAAUUGGAGGAGCUAAUUGACACUUUAAUUUCUAAUCCCUUCUUAACCAGGAAACAAAUUCCCCGGACUCCGGAUAACUUGAUAGCUGAUAUUAGAAGCUCAUGGAGAAAAGCUGUCGAAACUGAAGUUAACAGAAGUUCAGAUGGGAUUCUAGUGGAUGCCAAAGCUGGAGACGUGUCGUCAGAGUCUUCAUCUAUACUGCAUAAUCAGAGGGAAUUUAGCAUGGCUAUUUUUUCCCCAGAUUUUGAUGGGUCUUAUUUGCCUGAAGAGAAAGCUGUUCCAGAUCAGCUUACCAGUGUACCUCAGAAACAUCUGGUAACGAGUCAGAUCAGUGAACCCCCAACAGAAGAUGAGUCAGACUUGAUAAAUAAGAAAAUGAUUUGUAAGCAAGAUUUAGAAUGUGCAGCCACCAGGCUUUCAGAAACUAGACAAAUGGAGGCAUUCUCCCCUGCUGUGGGCAGUGGAAUAGAUGUGAUGGGUAGAAGUAAAGAGGACUGUGUUCGACUGUUGGACUACUCACAAGCUUCUUGCAGUGAACCUUCCACGCAUAAGACUUUGCUAUGGGAUUCUUUCCAGAGGUUGAGUGGCAUUGGCAUAUUACAUGAGACUCUUCCAGAAGAAGUUGGUCACCUAAGUCUUAAUAGUUCUACGAGUUCAGAGACCACUUUUCACCUGGAACCAAAGACUUAUGUAGACAGUGAUGCUUUUCCAGAUGGUGUGGGGAAAAGACAAGCUAUUCCAGAAUUAGAUUCCAAUUUACAGUCUCUUCUCAGUAGUUAUGAGGCUCUGAAGAAAUCUCUUAACAAAAUCAGGAAAGAAUCUCGCCUGUCUAACCCUAAGACACUUGAACAACACAAAAUAGAAUUGAGUCCUGUAGCCAAGCAAGUAGAUGAUACAUGCACUGUUUUGGACACUCAAGAUUUGUUUGUUGACUGCACAAAGCCGUCUUCCCACGUAUCCUUUGAUGAAAGAACACAGACUGUAUCACCUCUAUCUAAAGCUUUUCUGGUGGAGCAAAAAUUGAGGACCACAUUACCAUGUAGGCUUGGGGAAUUUCUGCCUAAUUUAAAAGAAGAAGAAAUCUCAAGUAAGAGCCUUGAAGCAAGAGACUCUCUGAUUUGACAAGAUAAAGCAUUUUCCAGUUGAUUUAGCUGAUGCACUUACCCUGAAGCCUUUUCACUUAACUGCAGCUGAGAUCCACACAUUGGAAGUGUAAUUCUCUUUCUAGCAUCAGAGAAGUUCUGAAUGUACUUUGGCUUCUUAUAAUGUAUUUAGGUCUUUCUCCCUCCUCUUUUUCUUGCUAAAUAUUAUGAGUUUGAAAUGUGAAGUAUUUAAGAACAGCAAAUGUCAAAUUUUAGAAAACCAUUUUGAUUCCUAGAAUAAUCUUAUAAGUAAAUUACAAAUAUAGUUAUGUUAAAAAUAUUAGUCAUGGGGUUGGGGAUUUAGCUCAGUGGUAGAGCGCUUGCCUAGCAAGCGCAAGGCCCUGGGUUCGGUCCCCAGCUCCGGAAAAAAAA